AAUACUAUGGGGACUACUGAGAUACCAAUUAUUUCUUGGCCAUCAAUUCAGCCAUAAAUAAAAGCUGUUGACGAGCUACAUAUGAAGUUGCUGACACCACAGGCAAUGGGACACGGCAGGAUAAGCAAAUAGUCUUCGCAUAGAAAGAAGCAGCCAAGGCGUCGGUCAUGGAGGCAGUAAGAACGUUCAGACCAACGGCAGAAGCAGCCUUCGACCGAACACCAUAAACAUAAAAAGGGGAAGAGGUUCGCUUCUCCUUCUUCGUUGCAGAAAAAGUAUCUCUCUUGAUGGAGGCAUCGGCAUCUCCGUGCUACUCCGACAUGGGAAUGGAGCAGAGUUUCUUUGAUCAGUGGGAAUGGACUGCUCUGGAUCAGCUCAGCGCAGACCAACUGGGAGUGGGCCUCCUGCGAGAUGUAGAACCGUCUCCCUCCUCUGAAAGCCAUGCUUCGUUUCCCAAGAAGGCCACCAAGACCGACGCCUCGUGGCCAAGAAUUCUAUCGUUUGGCAGGCCGGAAUCACCCAUCUGUCACUCCGCUCUCUAUGUUCCGACGAUGAGGCCGAAAGAAGAGAUGGCUGUGCCGAUCCCCGGUGGCUCGAAGAGGGACUACGACACCAUGUCGGGGCAGGGUUCCAAGAGGGCAAACAUGGCGGCGAGGACGGCCUCUCAUAACGCGGAACACGUCGUGGCCGAGAGGAAACGCAGAGAGAAGCUUAGCCAGAGAUUCAUCGCACUCUCCGCAGUAGUUCCUGGUCUAAAGAAGAUGGACAAGGCCUCCGUUCUCGGGGACGCCAUCGAGUACCUGAAGCGACUCGAAGAGCAGGUCAAGUCUCUGGAAGAUCAAGUUGCGAAGAGGCAGGCGGAGAAGGCGGUGCUCGUCAAGAAGUCUCGGCUCGGCGCCGACGAUGACGACAGCUCCUCCGACGAACACCCAUGCGGCAGGCCUGCUCCCGAGAUCGAGGCCAGAGUGUGCGACAAGGCUGUCCUCAUCAAGAUCCACUGCGAGAACCGCAAGGGCGUGCUGGUGAAAGCUCUCUCCGAGAUCGAGAAGCUCCACCUUUCCGUGGGGAACACCAGCGUCAUACCUUUCGCCGCUGCUUCUCUCGACAUCACCGUCAUGACCCAGAUGGAAGAGGAGUUCUGCGUGACGGCCAAAGAGGUGGUGAAGAAGCUGAACUCCGCUUUCAGACAACGGUCGGUGCGUUGAAGCUAAUCAAGAUCUCCUCCUCCUCCUCCUCCUCGAGACAAGUUUCACUAGUUUUUGCUGCAUGGUGUUGUCCGAUCUGCAGGUUCAUUGCUCUUCUCUCUUAGCUUUUUUUGCAUGCUCGAGCGACUCGAUCAUGUUUUUGGAGCAGAAGAGUGACACAGUUGCAUGUUCUUUUGCGGACUUGUAGUAGGAGGGAGGUUGACUCUCAUAAAACCUCUGUUUCUUCCUCUUCUCUGAGGAUUUCGACAGUUCAAAACCUGCUUCUCAGUUUCCAUUCGAUGUCUAAUCCUUACAAAGCCCGACGACUCUAGCAAAAGAUGUUGUCUAUCUCCUUCUCGAGGAUCUCUUAUGAGUAAUUUCUAUUCUUUUGUGCUCA